UCUCUCUCUCCUCUCACUAUAAGGUGACCUGCUCCAGCUGUGUUCUUCCAUAAAGCUCCCCGAGCCACACACUCGCACCGUCUCUCUGCGGAUUUAAGCUCCAGAUUUCUAACCAGUGACUCAAUUCCCUGAGCGAGAGGUGUAACAAAAACAAAACAAAACAAAAAAAAAGCCCCUAGGAGUCUGUGGAUAUCUCGACUGACUCUUUAAACCCGGAUUUAUCCUUUUUAAUCACCUGGAAUAUUAGAAAUUCUUCCUUUUUUUUUUUUUCCCCAGCUCCAGGAUCUGUCUAUCCAAAACGGUUGGAAUCUGAGCAAGGAUGCAAGCAGUUGUGUGCAGCCUGCUGCUGUUUGUUCUCGCCGCUGCUGGAGAAGUGGUGCGAGGCUGUUCGGGGCCGUGCUCAUGCCCCCUGGUGCCCCCCUCAUGCCCAGUGGGAGUGAGCUUGGUGCUGGAUGAAUGUGGCUGCUGUAAAGUUUGUGCACAGCAGUUUAACCAGGACUGCGGCCCGGGAAAACCCUGCGAUCAUAUAAAAGGCCUGCGCUGCCACCUAGGGGCCGGAGGAAACCCGCAACGAGGCUUGUGCCGAGCUGACGCUCAGGGUCGGCCGUGCGAGUUCGCCGGACGCAUGUACCAGCAUGGUGAGGAUUUCCAGCCCAGCUGUGAGCACCAGUGCAGCUGCAUGGAUGGCGUGGUGGGCUGCAUGCCGCUCUGCCCCCACCUCAUACCCCUGCCUGCAUGGCAUUGCACCAGCCCCCACCUGGAAACGCCACCAGGGCGCUGCUGCGAGGAGUGGGUGUGUCACGACGACAAUCGCAUCGACGAAGAGCCGCGUGACUCUGCACCUGCUCGACCACACAACAACUACAUCGACAAACUGCUGCACACUUUCAGUUACACGUCCAGAGCAGGAGACGCCUUCCAAGAGCAGACAUCGCUGCCUUUGUCCCAAGUUCCGUCCUCCGAGUGUGUUCCUCAGACCACAGACUGGUCCAAGUGCUCCGCCUCCUGCGGCUUCGGUAUCUCCAGCCGCGUGACUAAUGCGAACCCGCGGUGUAAACUCGUCCGAGAGACGCGUCUCUGUCGGAUCCACCAGUGUGACGCCAUGACGGCUGUCAGGAAAGAGAAGAAAUGCAGACGGACGCUGAGGUCCAGAGAGCCGGAGCACAUCUCGUUCGGUGGCUGUGCGACCGUGAGGCGGUACCGGCCCAAAACAUGCGGCUCGUGUACUGACGGAAGAUGCUGUCGUCCGUCCGAGACUCGCACCGUUCGCCUGCGCUUCCGCUGUCCAGACGGAGAAAACAUCACGCGCAAUAUAAUGUGGAUCCAACAAUGUCACUGCAGCAAGAGCUGGUGUAGCGCACAGAGAGACGACUCGCCUCCUUCUGUUAGCCUGCACAAUGACAUCCACACCUUCUCGUUAAAGGACGUGGAGUUCGACGAUUAAAAAAAUUUUUUUUUUUUUCAUGUGGUGUCCCAAUUCCCUUACUUACACUAUGCACUAAAAGAUAAAUCUACGUACUAAAUUCCCCCCCCGAAAUGUCCUUCUUUUGCUCAAUUUUGCCUGUUGAUAGCAAAAAAUAUUGGCACCCUUUUUUCUUCUUCUUUUUUUUUUUUUUCCAACAGGAGUUUCCUGACCCUGCUGAAAUAAUCAUAAUAAUAUUCACAAUUUUUUCUAAUCUCAAAGACCAUAUAGGACGGAUAGUAGGACAGUAGGCGAAUUGGGACCCAGCCACAAUUUUUUGAGUUAGAGAUAUUUGGUGUCUGAAGUUUGUUUCUUUUUUUGCACUGGCACAACGACGCUAAUUUAGCUGACCUACAGUAUAAGAUGAAGUAGGAGAUGAUUUCCAUGAAUAAAUACAAGGUUAGACGUUUCUAAAUUUCUAAACAUAAAUGCUGGAGGAAACAUUGCGAGUUUAGUAAGACGGUAGAAAAAGCGGUGAAACAGACGACAGACAUCGCAGCUACGUUUAUGCUUUUUAGCGUCAGUCAGCUUGCAGAUUCUACACGUUUUAAGCCCCGACAGACUAAAACCUCCUGAGCAGGACACGAGCUGUGCAAGUUCUCUCAAAAAAACUGGAAAAAAUGAACUACUUUCUAUGAGUUAUUUGUUUGUGAGUGAUUAAAUAAUUCUCCAAACACUAAACAUGUCUAUAAAAAUGUUAAGAAAAGUGGGUUUUUUUCACUGUCAUGUGCUCCCUGUGUUAAGACAAGCACUGCGAGGAGGAGAGACGAGUUGAGAUGAGAGGAGACGAGAUGUUCAUCAGGAAUGGAGACUUGUAAAACUACACCUUCUCCAUAACUCCAUCCACACCGAAGUGUAGAACUUUUUUUAUGUGGAGCGCCAAAGGGGACGUUUCUCUUCCUGCUUUACCUCCAAUAUGUUUAAGAUCUUUCUGUUGAGUGUGUGAGUCUGUUAGAGUGUGUGUUAGAGUGCGGUAGUGUGUGUGAUAGAUUGUGUGUGCUAGUUUGUGUUAGUAUGUGUGUUAGUGUGUGUGUUAGUGUGCGUUUUAGAGCAUGUUA